ACACUCCCACAUAACCAAUGGGUUUUCAGUUUCACUGCCUCCUAAACCCGAUCUCUCUUUCUCUCUCUUCCUUUUUUUCUUGCUUUCACUCCAGCUAAAUCCCAUUUAAGUUACAGUCAAUUUAGCUGUUCAAAAAGACGGUUCUUUUUUCAUUUAUGAUUUCACUCUACUAAAACCCUUUACACAUUCUUAUACAUCAAAAUUUCCAUUUCCCCCCCCCCCCUUUAAUUCUGCUCAGCAGAUCACAGAAACAAGAACCCACUUGAAGAAACAUGAAAUCUGCUCAUGGGGUCACUCUUCUUCUCCUGUAUCUGAUCUUUUCAGCUCACGUCUUCAAUUACAGUGAAUCUACCCAAGUAAAUGGGUCUUCGGAAAUGUUCCCAUUGGUGGACAAUAAGACGGUGGAGAUGAUGACGAUGAUGAUGUUCAAUGAAAGCAGAAGAAGGCUAGGGAGUUUCCAGAUAUGUGCUGCUUGCACAUGCUGUGGUGGGGCUAAAGGUGUUUGCCUUCCCUCCCCUUGUUGCUAUGCCAUCAAUUGCAACAUUCCAAAUAGACCUUUUGGUUUCUGCUCUUUUACUCCCAAGACCUGCAAUUGCCUUGGAUGCCAUAUCUAGUUUUCAAGCUUUUAUUAUGCCUAAAUUUCCUAAUUUUGGUUUAUUUUAACUGAGGAGUAAAAAAAAAGGGGGAAAAAGAUUCUUGCUUGUGUUGGGAGUGUGAGGAUGAGAAUAUCUGUUCUUUUUUCACCAUUGUUUAAUAAUUUUAUUGGGAGGUUGCUGUUUCCAGGUUAGUUCUUUUGUCUAUAAUUUUUGUUUCUUCAAGGAAGUAGCAUUGCCUGGAAAUAGUCAUAUGCUAAGGAACAAUUUCCCUUGU